CACACACCACAGACCACAGUGGACCAGUGGAGGAUCAGCAGCACUCUCUCUGCACAGCUUCACAAACCAGUCACAGAAGUAAAGAUGAAGCUGCUGGUCUGCAUCAUGCUCCUCUGCCUCUGUAUCUGUUAUUUCACAGAGGCCAGAGUCAUCCCUGAAGGAGUGCCAUACGACGAGCCGCCAGCUGUUCCCUACUGGCCCUACUCCACCUCCGACUUCUGGAACUACAUCGAGUACUUCAAAUCCAUCGGCGCCUACAACCACAUCAACGAGAUGGCCCGCGCCUUCUUUGCCCACCAGCCGCUCGGAGACACCCUGGGAUACGAGACCAACGCGGGACAUGAGCACUGAGGACGGGGACGGACGGAUGUAGCAGCUCAAAGUGGUUAUGAAGAAAGGAAAUGAGCAACAGAAGAAAUGAAAUAAAGAAAGAAAACGGUAGCAUGUAACAUACUUUCCCUUAUUACAACACUGUGUGUGUUAUUAUAGCAAAAGAGUAGAAUCCUGAGGUAGUAGAGAAGGAAGACUUGUAGAAUUGCUCUGAUACAUUUCUUCAUGUAUUAUGCCACAAAUAAACCUUAUUGAAGUAUCUAAAA